AUGGCCGGGCUCCUGCCGCUGCUGCUGCUCCUGCUGCCGGCGGGCCCCGCCGGCGCCUCCAAGGACGAUUGUUUCUCCAAGCUGUUCACGGCCAGCGGGGAGUGCUGCCGGGUCUGCAACGUGGGCGAGGGCGUGGUGCAGCCCUGCGGGCUCAACCAGACGGUCUGCGAGCCCUGCCUGGACAGCGUCACCUUCUCGGACACGGCGAGCGCCACGGAGCCGUGCAAGCCGUGCACGCAGUGCGAGGGGCUGCAGAGCAUGUCGGCGCCCUGCGUGGAGACCGACGACGCCGUGUGCCGCUGCGCCUACGGCUACUUCCAGGACGAGGCCAGCGGGAGCUGCCGCGAGUGCCGCGUGUGCCAGGCGGGCUUCGGCCUCAUGUUCCCCUGCAAGGACUCGCAGGACACCGUGUGCGAGGAGUGUCCCGAGGGCACCUUCUCCAGCGAGGCCAACUUCGUGGACCCCUGCCUGCCCUGCACCACGUGCGAGGAGAACGAGGUGCUGGUGCGGGAGUGCACGCCCGUGGCCGACGCCGAGUGCCGGGGGCUCCACCCUCGCUGGACAACGCCCGCCCCGGCCCCGGCGGCCUCUGAGAGCCCCGAGCCGGUCACCGGGGAGCCGCCGGGCACCGAGGCGGGGGCCAGCACCGCCGCGGACACGGCCACCACCGUCAUGGGCAGCUCGCGGCCCGUGGUGACCCACGGCACCAGCGACAACCUCAUCCCCGUCUACUGCUCCAUCCUGGCCGCCGUGGUGGUGGGGCUGGUGGCCUACAUCGCCUUCAAGAGGUGGAACAGCUGCAAGCAGAACAAGCAGGGCGCCAACAACCGCCCGGUGAACCAGACGCCGUCCCCCGAGGGGGAGAAGCUGCACAGCGACAGCGGCAUCUCCGUGGACAGCCAGAGCCUGCACGACCAGCAGCCCCCCGGGCAGGGCACCCAGGGGCCAGCGCCCAAGGCGGACGGGAGCCUGUACUCGGCGCUGCCGGCCAGCAAGCAGGAGGAGGUGGAGAAGCUGCUGGGCAGCUCGGCCGAGGACACGUGGCGGCAGCUGGCCGGCGAGCUGGGCUACAAGGAGGAGCUGCUCGACGCCUUCGGCCGCGAGGAGAGCCCGGCCCGCGCCCUCCUGGCGCACUGGGCCAGCCGCGAGUCGGCCACGCUGGACGCGCUGCUGGCCGCCCUGCGCAGGGCCCAGCGCGGCGACAUCGCCGACAGCCUGGCCAGCGAGUCCACGGCCACGUCCCCCGUGUGA